CAAAGAUGAAUCAGCCUUCAUGGUCAACCCACUGACGGCACAGGGGGUAGCCGUGGUGGUCGUGGCUUAUGACAUUGCACCCAAAGGCUCACUGGACCGGAUGGUAGACCAGGUGACCCGCAGCGUCGUGUUUCUGCAGAGACAGUAUCCGCACAAUGAGUAUGUGGGAAUUUACGUAUGUGGACACUCUGCGGGGGCUCACCUGGCCGCCAUGGUGCUCCUGGCCCACUGGACCAAGCAUGGAGUCAUACCCAACCUCCAAGGCUUUCUCCUGGUGAGUGGGAUCUACGACCUGGAGCCCAUCCUGUCCACCUCCCAGAAUGCUCCUCUCCACAUGACCCCGGAGGAUGCUGAGAGAAACAGCCCACAGCGGCACCUGGAGGUGAUCCCAGUUCAGCCUGUGCAUCCAUCCUGCCCUGUGCUGGUGGUUGUGGGUCAGCAUGACUCCCCGGAAUUCCACCGACAGUCCAGAGAGUUCUGUGAGACGCUGCGCCAGGUAGGAUGGAAGGCCUCUUUCAAGGAACUCAGUGACGUGGAUCACUUUGACAUCAUUGAGAAUCUGACCCAGGAGGAGGAUGUGCUCACUCAGAUCAUUUUGAAAACAAUCUUCAAGAAGUAGUGAUGACACCCGGUCCUCAGCCUGGAUACACCCCAGACAGCCUCCAGAAGUGAAGUGACUGUACCAGCCAGAGUUGGCCCGUCUGCCCACCCACAGGGUCCUUCCUCCCUGCUGUGAGCGCCGGAAACAGCCUCUUAAGUCAUUCAGCUUCCCAGCCUAGAUGAAGCUCCAGGGAAGCCCACAGAUCGGCACUGGGAGAUGCCCAAAGCCACCGCUUGGCCAAGUCGGCCUGCUGAUAGGGUGCAACAACACAACUUACCUCUGGCUUUUUUUGGGGGAGGGGGUGAGACAGGGUCUCCCUAUAGGCCAGGCUGGCCUCAAUUUUACAGAGAUCUGCCUGCUUUGCCUCCUGAGUGCCAGGGUAAAAAGUGUGGGUCACCAUUGCUGGCUGGCUUUCUGUGCCAGUGAGCAGUUUCAAUGUGUAGUGAACAGAACUGGGGCUAUGGCCCAGUGGGUAGAGGUUUGCCUAUUUAGCACCACAAAAGAAAGAAGGAAGGGAGGAAGGGUGGGAGGAAGGAAACCUGGCAAUGUAGUUCAGCAGUUGAACACUUGAAGGGCAUGAGGUCCUUGGUUCUAUCUCUGGUUAUCAGAAAAAGAAAAAGUCAUGUCCAGCAUGGUUGUGUAAACCUGAAUCCCAGUGCUCAGGAGGUAGAGGUGGGAAAAUUGCUGUGAGUUCAAGGCCAGCCUGGGCCACGUAGCAAAAGUGACUCGAAAAGAAAAGGGAAGACUGGGAGGUUGGCCCAGGAGGGAAGGGCAUCUGUCGCUGGGCUCACACUGACUUCCACAAGUUGUUCUUUGACCCCCGAGGGUACACCUUGGCACAUGAGCUCACAUACACAAAACUUAAAAGGAGACUCCGCACCUGUGCACUGUGGGCAGUGCCAACCCUGGGCAGGUGUGCCUGGGCUCUAUGAGAAGAUGAGUGUCACAGGCCAGAGGUAACAAGCCAGCAGGGGGUGUUCCUCCGUGGAGUCUGCUACAGUUCCUGCUGUGACCUCCCUGGCUGAUGGACUGUGACCUGGAAGUGUCAGCCAAGUAAACCUCUUCCUCCCCUAGUUGCUUUUGGUCGUGGUGUUUCUCACAGCAACAGAGUAAACAGAACAGUUCUGCCUGCCCCUGCUUGGUCACCACUUAUAUUGCGUGACUUUUCCCAAGGACAACGGACAUGCCUUCACACCAGACAGGAUACCAACAUACCAGGGAAAUGAUCCCAGGACUGACGAGAUGGUUCAGUGGGUAAAAGGUUCUUGUCACCAAGCCCGACCUGAGUUCAAUCCUCGGAACCCACGUGGUGGAGGCAGAGUACCUCCACUUACUGUGCCAUAAGCACCUGCACCCACAUCCACACACACUAAAUAAAUGUAACUUAAAAAAUGGUUCCAUUCAAA